AUGAAGAUCACCACUGCUCUUUCGGCACUUGCCAUGAUUCCUGCGGUCCUUGCGGCUCCUCCAUCUGGCAAAUCUGGUACUUGCCGUGUCGCGAAGCCCAAGCCUGGCCCAUCAAAGCCAGAUAUGAAGCAGUUCCCGUUUUGCUUUACUUCCACGUACCAGAUCAUCGCUACCCCCGAUCAGGUCGUCAAUGCCAACAACACCGCGACUCCUGGCCAGCCCGGCGCCGUUGGUUAUUACAACUAUGGAAUUCAGUCCGACAUGGAUCUCAUCUGCUGGCACAUCACCCUGAAGGGCGUCACUGGCCCGUAUCAAUCUCCCGCUAAGACAGCCACCCACAUCCACCAAGCCAACGUUGGCCGCAGCGGCCCACCUCGCAUCGCCUUCCCCAACCCCGAGCCAGCUGGCUCAGGUCCUGAGACCGACAAGAUUUCUUCGGGUUGUAUGACGGGCCCAUUCACAACCGGUGUUCUUGCCAACGGCACCGACACGGGAACUGGGUUCACCCUCAAGCAGAUCGAAGCAAACCCGUCCAACUUCUUUACCGAUGCCCACACUACAAGCUUUGUUGCUGGUGUCGUUCGUGGUCAGCUUGACCAAUAG